AUUCAUUCAACUGUUUUAACUUUUGUUUCAGUUCUUACUUCUUAGAUCGCAUUUCAAUUUUUCAGGCAAAUAAAGUACAAUAAUGGGCGGAGACGAAGAAUUUUAUGUUCGUUAUUACACUGGUCACAUGGGACGAUAUGGCCACGAAUUUCUUGAGUUCGAGUUUCGCGCUGAUGGACGAUGUCGUUAUGCUAAUAACUCAAAUUACAGAAAUGAUAGUUUGAUAAGAAAAGAGAUGUAUGUAAGUCCAUUAAUGAUGAAAGAAUUGAAACGAAUUAUCCAAGAAAGCGAGAUCAUGAAAGAAGACGAUCAAAAAUGGCCAAAAAAGAAUGUUGUUGGGCGACAAGAACUUGAGAUUAGAUUAGGCAAUGAACAUAUUUCAUUUGAGACUGCAAAAAUUGGAUCUCUUGUUGACGUACAAGAAAGUGAUGAUCCCGAAGGAUUACGCGUAUUUUAUUAUUUAGUACAAGAUCUCAAAUGCUUGGUAUUUUCGCUCAUUGGGUUACAUUUCAAAAUCAAACCUAUCUAGGAAGUAUUUCAUAAUUUAUAUAAUUUUCCAAUAAACUAACGAUUCUAAAACAUGUGUUUUUUCCUAAUGGAAAUUUAAAACUUAAAUUCUCAUAAAUUAGAUGAAACUCGACCUGGGUUGAGAAUGUUAGGAUUGUGCAAUAAGGCUUAGACAUAUACUGCAAAGUAAUUAUAUUUUAAACAUUGGGACUUUUAUAUAACAAAACAAUACUAAUAAAAAUAAUAAAAAUGAUAUAAGUUUUAUAAAAUUUUU